CCGGGCCGCGCUGGGCCGGGGGAUGCGGGGAGCGGGGCCGGGCGUGCGGGCCGCCCGCGGGGCGCUGCCGAGGGCCCUGCUGCUGGCAGCGGCGGCGGCGCUGUGGGUGCGGGUGGCCGCCGCCGAGCCCUGCGCCGCGCCCUGCUCCUGCCGCCGCGGCCUGCUGGACUGCAGCCGGCACCGCCUGCCCGGCGGGCCGGGCCCGCGGAGGAUCCCGCCGCUGCCCGCCGGCACCACGGGCCUGGAUUUAAGUCAUAAUCACUUAUUGUCAUCCAACUGGAGCAUUGAUUUGUCUGUCCAUACACUGCAAGAAGUGUAA